AUGACUAAAACCGGCUUGACCGAAGAUAAUAUUGCAGAGUUCUUGAAGGAUGAUACUAAAGUUAAAGUCGCUGCAGUGGAUAUCGAUGGACUCUUACGUGGCAAGAUAAUGCACAAAGACAAGUUCUUACAUGUCGUCAAGACAGGUUUUGGCUUUUGCUCAGUUAUCUUUGGUUGGGACAUACUCGACAAGAAUUAUACAGAGCCUGGUGAAUUUUCUGGAGAGGAAUGUCAAUAUUUUGAUCUGUUGGCUAAAAUCGAUCUGUCAUCCUUCCGUCGUAUUCCUUGGGAAGACAAUAUUCCCUUCUUCCUUGUCUAUCUGUAUCAUCCUACCACUGGUAAGCCUUUAUACUGUUGUUCUCGUAACGUACUGAAAGGCGCGGUAGAUGAUUUGGAUCAAUUGGGUUAUACUGCCUACUGUGGUGUAGAAUUUGAAUUUUUCUGUUUUAAAGAAAAUGCUGAAAGCUUGGACGCAAAAAAGUAUAGUCAUUUGACACCAUUGACUGUAGGCAUGUGCGGCUAUUCUUUAUUGCGUCCUCUUCAGAAUCAAGAAUUUUAUUACAAUACAUUUGACUGGUUAAAGCAAUUCAAAAUUGACAUAGAAAGCUGGCAUACAGAGACAGGACCGGGCGUGUUUGAGGCAGCCCUAUUGUAUACAGAUGCUAAAGAAAGUGGCGAUAGAGCAGCAUUGUUUAAAUCAGCCGUGAAACAGAUAGGUUUAAAACAUAAUGUUAUGCCGUCCUUUAUGGCCAAACCUUAUGCCGAUCAACCAGGAUGCUCGGGUCAUAUGCAUUUUAGCUUAAAAAAUGCAGAAGGAGAGAAUGCCUUUGCUGUAGGCAAAAUGCAUGAGCAUAUCCCUCAUUUAACGAAAGCUGCAGUUUGGUUUUUGGCCGGUGUGUUGAAGGGAUUACCAAGUAUUUUAGCAAUUUUAGCACCAACCAUUAAUAGCUACAAAAGAUUAGUAGAGAAUUAUUGGGCCCCUGUUAGCGUUUCAUGGGGUGUUGAUUCACGCCACACAGCUAUUAGAGUUAUUGCACCACCAACAGCCACGGAAAGUUCUACCAGGAUGGAAGUGAGAGUACCAGGAGCCGACAUCAAUCCAUAUUUAGCACUAGCAGCAGUAUUGAAAUGUGGAUGUUGGGGCAUCAAAACUCAACAAGAACUUCCUUGUGAGGCCAGUGCUACUGCAGCAGACGUCCGCCAAAACCAAAGAUUGGCAAGAACAUUGGAAGAAGCUACUCUUGAAAUGAAUAAGAAGGAUUCCGUUGCGCGUACCGUUUUGGGAGACGCAUUUGUAGAUCAUUAUGUUGCCACAAGAAAGCAUGAAUGUAACUUGUGGAAGAAUGCGGUAACGGAUUGGGAAUUGAAGCGUUAUAUGGAAUUAAUUUAA